GUAUUACUACAGAUAAUUUUGGAGGUGCUCUCCAUACCAGUGAAGAUAAACCACACAGAACAAAUUAGAGGCACUUCAGUUCCAAAAUGACUACUCAGAAAUUAUUAGAGAAGAGGAUCAGAAAUUAUUAGGGUUUGAUUUCUGAGGAAUACCUAAGAGCUGUAUAUUGCAGUAGUGUAGCUGAAGGUUAACAAUACCAAGGAUGGAGAAAUCAAGUAAUGGGAUGACAUUAGAAAAAAAAAUCAGAAGCAAAAUCAAGAAGAUUUUGUUGAUGGUGAGACCUACAUUGUUAGCCCAUGAAACAUUGAAGGGAAAUGGUGAAACUCCCAUUAUUUUGGACAUCUGAACGUAAACUAAACAAAACACUGUAGAAUUACCUGCAAGAAGUGUCUGCACAGCAGGAGACACAACCAAGUCUUUUCCAGCUCUUAAUUUCUUAAACGAUGCAUAUCCUGUUGUAAGAUGAUCCAGUUGGACAAAAUAUUAAUGAUCCAGCUGCCCCAAAUGUGCAUUCCUCAGCAGCUCAACACUUCCACCCUCCUAAGUAUUACCCAGCCUUCCCAAACAGACCUCUCCUCCUAUAUGGAUCAACCUGCCAGUGAUGGUGAAGCUGGGAAAAGACUACUCUAACCACAGCCAGGAUGAAUCGGCUGCCAGAUGAUGCAGAAAAUGCUCAGAGCAGCAAUCGGGGCUCCUGUCCUUCCUUGCAGGAUGUCCAUUCCAUCAACCCAGCGCAGCUGAUGGCAAGGAUUGAGUCAUAUGAAGGAAGAGAGAAGAAAGGCAUAUCAGAUGUCAGAAGGACUUUCUGUUUGUUUGUUACUUUUGACCUUUUAUUCGUAACUUUGCUGUGGAUAAUAGAGCUAAAUGUAAAUGGGGGCAUUGAGACUACUUUAGAGAAGGAAGUCCUGCAGUAUGACUACCAUUCUUCAUAUUUUGAUAUAUUUCUACUGGCAGUCUUUCGAUUUAACGUGUUAAUACUUGCAUAUGCAAUGUGCAGACUGCGCCAUUGGUGGGCAAUAGCUUUUACAACAGCAGUGACCAGUGCCUUUUUAUUAGCAAAAGUAAUUCUCUCAAAGUUGUUUUCCCAAGGUGCUUUUGGCUAUGUGCUGCCCAUUAUAUCCUUCAUACUUGCCUGGAUAGAAACCUGGUUCCUGGAUUUUAAAGUGUUACCACAGGAAGCAGAAGAAGAAAACAGGCUCUUGCUGGUGCAAGAUGCGUCUGAGCGAGCAGCUCUUCUUCAGCCAGGACACCUCUCUGAUGGGCAGUUUUAUUCUCCUCCUGAAUCUGCAGCAGGAUCUGAUGAAGAAUCUGAAGAAAAACAGGAUAGUGAAAAACCAAUUGUAUAGCAACUAUGAGAGAGUGAAAAUCUGAAUCAAAGGCCAUUAGGGAAUUGCUUAUAUUGAAACUGUAAUGACAAUGUCUGCAGUUGACUUAUUGGUGGAACUGCUAACAAAAGAAUUUAUUUAUUAGAGAGGAAAGAGGAGUGAUUCCCGUGUACUGUAAUACCUCACAAAGUUGUUCUGUUCACAUAUAUAUAUUGUACUGCCUCAUGGCUGUUAUGAAAAAUUACUCAUCCAUAUUGUAUUCAGUGAUUCUUGAAGUUGAUCUUCUAACGACUAGGUAGCUACUAGAAAGUGUUGUGCUUGUGUAACUAAUCAGUAGACCUGGUAAUAUAUUGAAGUAACACUUCGGUAUGAUGGAAGUAUAUUUAAUGAUUGUUUGAAUUCACCAGAUAAAAUUUAUUUUACUUUGUUAAA